CCUCAUUUGAGUGAAGAUGGCAGCGCAGAUGGCAAGUACAAAGGUUCCCGAGGUGCGUGACAUCACCAGGAUAGAGAGAAUUGGUGCGCACUCUCAUAUCCGUGGCCUUGGAUUGGACGAUGCUCUGGAGCCGCGGCAGGUGUCUCAGGGGAUGGUGGGUCAGCUGGCCUCCCGGCGGGCAGCAGGACUGAUCCUAGAGAUGAUUAAAGAUGGACACAUCGCCGGCCGUGCUGUCCUCAUUGCCGGCCAGCCGGGCACAGGGAAGACAGCCAUCGCUAUGGGCAUUGCUCAGUCACUUGGCCCGGACACGCCCUUCACUGCUCUGGCAGGAAGUGAGAUCUUCUCUCUGGAGAUGAGCAAAACGGAGGCACUCAGUCAGGCUUUCCGCAAGGCCAUCGGGGUCAGAAUCAAGGAGGAGACAGAGAUCAUUGAAGGAGAGGUGGUGGAGAUUCAGAUCGACAGGCCGGCCACAGGAACGGGAGCCAAAGUAGGCAAGCUGACUCUGAAGACCACGGAGAUGGAGACCAUCUAUGACCUGGGCAGUAAAAUGAUAGAGAGUUUAAGUAAAGAGAGGAUCCAGGCAGGUGAUGUCAUCACCAUAGACAAAGCUACGGGCAAGAUCAGUAAACUGGGCCGCUCCUUCACACGAGCCCGAGAUUACGACGCCAUGGGGGCACAGACGCAGUUCGUGCAGUGUCCAGAGGGGGAGCUGCAGAAGCGUAAGGAGGUGGUCCACACCGUCUCUCUUCAUGAGAUCGACGUCAUUAACAGUCGCACACAGGGUUUCCUGGCCCUGUUCUCAGGAGACACCGGAGAGAUAAAGUCGGAGGUGCGGGAGCAGAUCAAUGCGAAGGUGUCGGAGUGGAGAGAGGAGGGAAAGGCAGAGAUUAUACCUGGGGUUUUGUUUAUAGAUGAAGUUCAUAUGUUGGACAUCGAGUGUUUCUCCUUCCUGAACCGUGCCUUGGAGAGUGACCUUUCACCUGUUCUCAUUAUGGCCACCAACCGAGGCAUCACCAGGAUCAGAGGCACCAACUACCAGUCUCCUCACGGCAUCCCCAUCGACAUGCUGGACCGCCUGCUCAUCAUCGCCACCUCACCCUACACCGAGAAAGAGACCAGGCAGAUCCUAAAGAUCAGGUGUGAGGAAGAGGAUGUGGAGCUGAGUGAGGAAGCUCAUACAGUCUUGACGCGUAUCGGGCAGGAAACAUCGCUACGUUACGCCAUCCAGCUCAUCAGCACGGCCGGACUGGUGUGCCGCAAACGCAGGGGUACGGAGGUGCAGGUGGAGGAUAUAAAGAGAGUCUACUCCCUGUUCCUGGAUGAGCAGCGCUCCUCUCAGUACAUGAAGGAGUACCAGGACUCCUUCCUCUUCAACGAAGCACAAACCGCUCAGAUGGACACGUCAUAACGAAGAGAUCUGGACGAGGUGGUGUUCUAGCGUUUUCUCCGCCGGUUGCCCUGUUUCUGUGGCCUACAAACUCAGCGUGGCUGUGAAAAGCAUUCCCGCGGUGUUACUCAUUCUCCUUAUGUUUCCCCCUCAAAAUGUAUCAUUUAAAUGGAAUUCGUGUACAUUAAAUUUAUUUUU